AUGGAAAUGGAGAAGCACCAGAUUGCAAUCUCCUCCUCAUCGAAAAGAGAUAAAGGUACCUUCCCAAAAGACACUCCUUGUUCUGAGUCUUUGGCCUGUUACAGGGUAGGCAGCAACAGAUCAACCAGAUCUGAGUCUCCGGCCUGCAAGGGUGCUAGCGGUCUGAUUUCAAUGGAAGAGCUGUCUUUUGAACAAAUUGAUUUAUUUGCGAGAGAGACAGUUGAUAACGCUGUAAGCGACACAGAGGGGGUUGUGUCGCAAGACGCGAUUAUCGAUCUAACUGAGGAGGACGAGGAGGAGGAACAUUCACCCGGUCCGAGCAACGCGGAUACACAGAAGCGACCGAGAGAGGCUGACGCGUCACCGACUGCCCCCGAGAGAAAGAAAGGACAAGUCGCGGUCGUGGCUCCAACCAGAACGGUUGAAGAAGCAGUCGACGAUGGCGACCGAGAGCGUAUGAAUAACGUCCAACGUUGGACAGAUACGCAACUGAACGAAUGGGAGAGAGCCAGCUGGAACAGCAAAGGUAGUGACGAAUUACCCCCGAGAGGCAGACAAACCCCAUUCGCUUUUCAAGAUCUUGCUGAGGAAGAAGUGGAAACUGAAUCGCUGCCGGAGGACCGUCAGAACAGUGUGCAAAUUGUUGAAAGAAUUGACGCUUUGCGCGAAGAGUUGAUUAACAGGCAGGACUCAUUCUUCAGCGAGGUUCUUAAAAGACAGGACACAUUCUUCAAUGAACUUCUUAAUCGAAUGGAUGCUCAGGAUGCGAGGGCUCACGAGCAACAAGGUAUUUUAAAUCAGCAGCAUCAAUCAUCAGAGAAUCGUUUGCGCAGUUUGCAAACAGGGGUGGCUGAAAAUUUUGGUGUUGUUCACGACAAUUUACUCGAAAAAUUAAGGGAAAGACGCUUGAUCGUGAGUCUUCUCUCUAGCCUUAAUGACACUCUACAUAUUCAUAUUUCUAGUUUUGAUGCAGAUUUUUCCUUGUUCUGA